AUGAAACCCAAAAGGCAACGGAUAUCCGGAACCAGUCCUACAUCUGCUGUCUUAUCACUAGAUGAGUGCCACCACCCUGGCCCACUCCGUUCACCCCAGCCGCCAGUGCGGUCUUCUCAACUUCACUCUGCUCCCGCAUCUUGUCCCCAAGAUAUCUCAGAACAUGAUAAGGUUGUCUUCGCCCCUGUUACAGACCUAGCUUUCGAACUUAUCUCUCAUCCCGCCACUUUCAUUUCUCCAAAAGUGCUCUCGGCCUAUGUUACACUUCAAUCAGUGAUCAAGGACCCUACACCUAUUCCAGCCGUUUUUUCCUUCUACGCUCGAAAAUCAUACAUACCUCCUGGUACCGCGAAAGUAAUUUCACCAAAUGCCAACCAAACCGUGAACGCAGUUCCCCGGGACGUUGCCGAUGCUGCGCUCAGCAUCGCGAUUGAAGCUAAAGAUAUGGCUCUUUGCCUCGAUAUAAUUGAUACCUCAUACGCGCUUCCGGCAUUUCGCCGUGCAAAGUUAAUUCGGGAAGCCACCCCUAUGGCAAUUCUAGCUAGCCUCAUGCCACCUGUUGCAUAUGUCUUUGGAGAUAUCCUUGCAAGAUAUCAGGACAGGCUGGAUUAUUCCCAUGCAUUAGGAUUUUCAUUCGCCGGAAUAUUGGCUUAUAUUACUUUCACUGCCGGCCUUGGUUUUGUCGCGGUUACCACGGCAAACGACCAGAUGGCCAGAGUCACUUGGGCGGUCGGCACUCCCCUUAGGCUCAGAUGGCUACGGGAGGAGGAACGGGCUGCGUACGACCGGGUUGCCCAGGCAUGGGGGUUUGAGGACCCCGUGAAGAGGGGAUUUGAGGAAGGGGAAGCAUGGGAAUUGCUGCGCGAAGUGGUAUUCAGGAAGAACAUGAUAUUAGAUAAUCCAGAUUUGAUGGAUGGUAUGGAAUAA